UUUAGCAUUUGCCCGGAAGCAGAAUUUGACGCGACCCUUCAGAAUCUUCAGAAAAGAAAAUGACUUUGCUGCAGAGAUGCAUGCGCUUGGUGCCCAGGAAAAUUCCAACAAGAUGUAUCCACCAUACACAGAGGAAAAGAAUCUACAACAAUGGUGGCUAUCAUGUUGAGGAAAAUCAGCCAGUAACCAACAUCUAUAGCCACCUACUCCAACAAAGAAUAAUUUGCAUCAUGUCCCCUAUAUCAGACGAGAUAGCAGGGAGUGUUAUAGCCCAGAUCUUACACUUACAAGCUGCUAAUACCAAACAAACAAUCCAUAUGUACAUCAACUGUGGAGGUGGACGAGUGUCUUCAACACUAGGUAUAUAUGACACAAUGCAGUUUGUCGGAAACCCAAUAGCCACCUGGUGUGUGGGACAGGCUACCGACAUGGGGUCUUUACUUCUGUCAGCAGGAACAGCAGGGAUGAGACAUGCACUGCCUCAUUCCAGAAUCACACUCACGCAACCUGUCAGUGGGCUAAGUGGACAAGCAUCAGAUGUUGAAAUUCAAGCAGAAGAAAUCUCUAGGAUCUUAAAUCAAGUAAACAAUAUCUAUGCCAAGCAAACAGGGAGAAGUCUAGAAGAAAUUGAGGAAGCCAUGCAGAGACAUAAAUUCAUGGAUGCAGAGACUGCUAAAGACUUUGGCAUUAUUGAUAAAGUAUUACAAUUUCCUGAAAAGAAUACCAAUAAAUAAUCUACAGCUGCAACACAACAAAAUAUACACUUUUUAAUGACAGUGCUAUUAAAUCCUGCAGAAAGUUUGAAGGAAUUCUGGAUAGAAAAGAUAUUGUAUGUGUGUGUAUAGUUGAAAUGGAUAUGAUAUCAGAAUGAUUGGUGUUUUUAUUUAAGUGCUUUGAGUGAAGAAUGGAUUGUAUAUGUGACCGAAUGUGUUCCAAAAUAAAUCUGUAUUUAGAUUGUGCCAGAAGAACUUGAUUGUUUUUUUUUUUUGUAAAUAGUGUGGACUGAUGCUAUUAUUUGGAAGCCAUUAUUGUAUUAAGUGCUAUAACAUGGGUAUUUACAUGCAUAUUUAAGCCGUUAUUAUUAAAGAUUGAUUUCAAAAUUUUA